CAUUUUCAUCCUUUCCAAUUCCUUUGCCAACUUCGUCACUUUACAGCAUGGCCGCUCUACUCGAUGGUCGAAUAUCUGUCGGAGGGUCCAAUCUUCUUGUUGAGCCAUUUCGUUAUCAUCCAAGCAACUUUCUGUUACCGUAACCGGCACACGUCCAUGGUCCUUAGUAAGGAUUUCCAUCAAAUCACGUUUCCGAUCUUCAUUCGAGAGAUCGAAGUGCACUUCUUCAACACCUGGCCCGACUAUCGCUACCGAAGCCAGCUCUUCGAUCGGUGGCAAUAUCAUCGGUGCGGUGCAGAAGCAUAGUGAACAGGAGGGAUCCUUGAAAUCUAUCCUUACAUCGCACUGAAUAGGUUUGUUUUUCUUCCGACACAUUGGGACAAGAAGACGCGGUUCAACGGAAUAAGUCCAUAGAAACCGUAGAGGUUGGUGGUAUAGCCUAUUAUCAGCAACGUUGUGGGCAAUGAUCGGAUACAUCGAGAUCACCAAGAGUGCUAUUGACAAAUUAUCACGCUUGAAGCCAUACCGGCCCUCUCCAAGGAAGAGCAUAGCCAAUGCUCGAUGUACAGACAUCUCCUCAUGGAAUUUCCAUGGAUGAUGUGACCAAUAGGAUAGUUCGUAGUCAUGUGAUCUUCGAUAUCGGGCAAAUCGUAUCGUUUCAACCUUUCCGCAUCCAACAUUCAAUAUUGCCAUACUCAUAAGCAUCAUGUCCGCACAAAGAUUUACCACACUUCUGUUUGCUGA